UGAUUGAAAGAUGGAGUGAAGUUUAGUAACAAGGAACCGAAACUUGUGCGAUGUGAAACAGAAGAAAGAAUUACAGAUUUAAAUUUUAUAAAACAAAGAAAUUUUGAUAAAAAAUGGAUGCAAAAGAAAUCAAAUCCUCUCUUAAGCAAGCCAGAGAAGCAAUUAAAGAAAAAGAUUUUAAAGCAGCUUUGAAAUAUUGCAAAUCUGUUCUUAAAUCAGAUAAAAACAAUUACAAUGCUUGGGUGUUCGUCGGAGCAGCAGCUCAAGAAAUUGAUCAACCUGAACAAGCCGAAGCUGCCUUUAAAAGAGCUAUUGAAAUUUCACCUGAUCAACUAUUAGCCUGGCAGGGCCUGUGUAGUUUUUAUGAAAAGCACGAGACAAAAGAAAAUAUUCCUGAGCUUUGUUCUGUGUAUUUAAAGUUACUUGAAAUGUUUACAUCAGAUACAGAUAAAAAAUUAGAAAUAUAUGAUAAACUAAUUGCUCUUCUCAGAAAGCAAGAUGAUAAAACAAAAUUGAUCAAAGUUUUAAAAUCAAAGCUGGAAAUGCUGCAAAGUGCCAAUCUAGAUACCUAUCCAAUGCAAAAACAAAUUUUUAAAGAUACAUCAGGCAAAACAGAACUAUCAGAAGCUGAAAAGCAGAUGUUGAGUGAAGCUCUUAAAACAAUAAUUUCUCAUGAAGAAUUCUGUGAUGAUGAUUGUAAAAGAAUUUUUACCACUUGUAUUGAAAUUUUGUAUAAAGCUGGUGAUGAAAACUAUGCAUUGAGUUUAGCUUUAGAAGUAUUCAAAAAAUUUCCUCAAAACAGCAGUUGUUUAGAAUUUCUAUCCAGGGUUGCCAUGAAUUUAUACAUUGAAAAUGGUACAAUUAUUAGCCAUAUUGAUGAAAUUUCACAAAGAAUGCUCAAAUGUGGAAAUUCUAGUGGCUUGCCUUUAAUUUUUGAAGGAUUUUGUGCAUUUGUAUCCAAAGAUUAUAUUGGAGCUAUACAAAAGUUGAAGACAGGGCUUAAGUCCUUGGAAUAUUAUGUUCAAGGCUGGUAUUUCCUGUCAAAAUCACAGUACUUGUUACAUCGAUAUUCAGAUUCUGAAAGGAGUGCCAAAACAGGUAUUAAUGUUGCACUUGAAUCAAAACUGUCCUCUGUUAUUGUUGGAAAAUUUUAUUUGCUUCUUGGACAGUCUCUUGCUGGAAGAGAGAUAUGGGAUUCUGCAUUGAAAGCUCUUGAUAAAUGUGCAUCAUACUUAGGACAGUCAAAAGAAUUAUUAAUUACCUUUUGUUUCACUCUUUUGAAAAUGGAACAAGUUUCUAAAACUGAACAGAUGUGCCAGGAUUUAAAAGAUAAAUUUCCAGAUGAUCCAGAAGUAUUGCAGGUUGAAGGAUAUACUUUACUUCUGAAAAGUCAAUAUGAUGAAGCUUUACAAAAAUUAAGGCUGUCACUAUCAAUGGCUGAGUCUGCAUUUACACUGCAUUUAAUUGGUCUUGUUCUUUGGGAAUCCCAACAAAGAGAUAAAGCAUUUAAAGUUUUUCUUAAAGCUGUUGAGUUAGAUCCUUACCUGGCAAAGAAUUUUUUGUAUCUUGGACAUUAUUAUCAAAACCAUUUACAUGACAAAAGUAAAGCUUGCUUAUGUUACCAAAAAGCAUUUGAUUUAGACAAUACUGAUACUGAAAUAGGGAUGAGCUAUAGUAAAAUCUUACAAGAUUUAGGAAAGGAGGAGGAUAAUAUGAGAGUUUUAAAAGUCAUUACUGAAAGGGCUAAUCUUGGAAGUUGUAAAUGGGCAUGGACUCAACUUGGCCUUUGUCAAUUAAAGAUGAAUCUUAUUAGUGAUGCCAUUUUCUCUUUGCAAAAUGCUCUAAGAGCUGAUCCAAAUAGCAGUUCUGGUUGGGAAUGUUUAGCUGAUGCAUAUUUGAAGAGAGGUAGUUAUGAAUCUGCAUUGAAAGCGUUUGAGAAAGUCGUUGAAUUGAAUCCAAAAGCAAUGUAUCCUUUAUAUCAGAUUGCAACAAUACAGAAAAUGAGAGGUUUGUUUACAGAUGGAAUUGAGAAGUUCAAAAAUCUACUUGAUAUAGUUCCUACUUAUGUGCCUGCUUUAAUAGGUUUGGCUGAAACAUAUAUUUUAGCAGCUAAAAAAGCCCUCAGUGAAUGUCUUUAUGGACUUGCCAGAGAUUGUUGUCAAGAAACUUUGAAUACUCUAGCAAAAGCUGCUGGUUCCAAACAUGGUUUGUCAUCUCUUUGGAAACUGGCUGGAGAUGCUUGCUCUAUACCAUUUGGUUUGGAUGAUGAAUGGUUUCCUAUUACUGUUCCAUAUGAACUUCAUCAAGAAACAGAAAAGGAAACUGUCUCUUGCAACAAAUCUCAGUUGUUGACAUUUGGUUCAAAGUUUUUUGGAAGAGCUUUGCAAAUCAAAGAUAGUGUGAGUACUUUGUGGCAUGAUUUAGGUGUGAAUUGCCACUUACAAUCCAUGUUGGCUACUGAUAGAAAUGAAAAAGUUAAUUUUGCUAAGAAGGCUUUUAUUUGUUUUCAAAAAGCUGUUAGCCUCUGCCCUGGGUAUGAACCUCAUUGGACAGCACUGGGAGUAAUUGCAGUCAGUGAAGAACUUGAAGACUGGGCUUUUGGUCAACAUGCACUGAUUAAAUCGCUUAGUCUCAAUAAGUUUAAUGCUGAGACAUGGACUAAUUUAGGAGUUUUAUAUCUGGAAAAAGAAAAUAUUGAGCUUGCUCAUUUAGCCUUUAAAAUGGCCCAAUCAGCCGAACCUACCUAUCCCUUAAGUUGGAUUGGACAAGCAUUUAUUGCUGAUAAAGUGAAACAUUCUGAAACUGUAGAUCUUUACAGGCAUGCCACUACUUUAGGCUCUCAUAAUGAAGCUCUGAUUGGAUAUUCUCGAGUAAUAUGUGAAACUCUUCUCUAUACAACAAAUAAGGAAUCUUUUUCUUAUAAAUAUAACAUAGAGCAGAUGAAUGCUGUCUUGCUGGCAUCUGAUUGUGCUGUUAAGUUUGUAGCCAACAAUUAUAAUUGUGCAGAAGCAUUCAAUAUCUUGGGUAUGCUACUAGAGAGACAAGGAAUAUAUAAUGCUUCCCUGAAAGCUUAUGAGAGAGCCUUGAAAUUAUUGGAAGCCAGAGAUGAAAAGGAUUUUGUAGAACUUGUCCGUGCAAAUUACGCAAGAAUAUUAUGUGUUGUGGGUGAUAUAAAAGGUGCUAUUAAAGAAUUUCUUUUGCUGAAGAAAGUAGAUGUUUCAAUCAUCUGUGGUUUUGCCCUAGCCAUGUACAAGGAUCAGCAGUAUGAGCAAUCUCUAAAGUUGUUAGGACAAGCAUUUGAAAAAUCUAAAAAUCCUAGUGAUCAGUCCCACAUUAAAGUUGCAAUGGCUAUGGUUGCUGGAAAAUUGUCUGGACCUGAUGCUCCAAAUCCUUUAGUGUUGCUUGUUGAAAGUGCUAAGAUUUCUCCCAAAUCUGUUCCUGGAUUAUUAGCAUUGCACGCAAGAGGAAUAUUAAAAGAAGAAUCUAAAUUAAUAAUGGCUGCUCAAAAAGAACUCCAACCGUACAAGUAUAAAAAAGAAUAUGCUGCUUCAGCAGCUUUCUUGUGGGCAGCUCAAGCCUACUUAACAAAAGGCGUGAAAUCUGCUCGUAAUGAAUUGUUGAAAUUUAUCCAUUGCUUCCCAACACUUCAACAAACUUGGAUGCAAACUGCUUGCUGUCUGCUUCAGUGGGACACCAAAUAUGCAGAUGUUGCAGCUACUUGUACAAAAAUUGGAAUCUUCCAUGGUGGGUGCAAAGAGCAGGCAUCUCAGAUAUAUGCUCUGUGUCAAAUGGCAAAAGGAUCUAGGAGAGGUGCCUUAUCUGCUGCUCAAAAGGCUGUUCACAUUAAUCCAGAAAAAUUGUCAAACUGGGCUACCUUAGCAGCUGCAUGCCAUGUUGCUGAUUUAGAUCAAAAACAUGUUGGGUGGAUGUUUAGUUUUGUAAGAAAAUUAGCUAAAGAGCAAGGUGUUAAAUCUGAUUUCUUAGGCUGGUUUAUUGUGAUGGAAAUAUUUCACCAUAUUAAUUGUGGAAAUAUGACUGUUGCUGGUGCAUUAACAAACCAAGCUCUCUCCAUCAGUGCUUUCAGUUCAGAAAUCCAGUCCUGCCUACAAGUAUUAGAUGCAGUUGUGAAAGUAUAUUCAAACAAUGGUAAUCUACAACCUCUCUUUUUAGCUGUAAAGGAGAAUCCCAAAUCAUUCUUUGCUUGGAAUGUUCUGAGUCAGCUUCUGAUAGCUUCUGGAAGCACUAUGGAGGCAGAGAAGACCAUCUCUCAUUUUGUUGUCACUGCGGAGAAAAUCUUUCCAAAUUGGACUGUUUAUCCAUUACUUCAGCUGGCCAUGUUAUCUUACAAAGCCAUGCAUACAAACCCUGAUGAAAAAGAAAAAUGGCUGAAGUUGGGUGAAGAAGUAUCUGGUAAAGCUGUUCAUUUGGCCCCUUCUAGUCAAGCUGCUCGAUUCUUACAAGGAAUUAUUGCUUUGGAAGCUGGAAAUUCAAAUUUGGCAAGAAGAAGUUUUGAAAAAGUUCUCUCCAGUCCAUCUGUAAAUGAAGCUAAGUGGAUGGAGAGUAUUGCCAGUGAAGUGUUGGAACUGAAAAAUAUAAAAAGAAAAUCAAAAGAUCAAGGUUCUUGAAUUGACUUUUCCUAUGAUGAUGAUAACAAAGGAACUAUUUUCAAAUCCAUUAAAAUUCUGAAGCUAAAUGAAAAAUGAUUGUAUUCCAUAUUGAUUGCUUUUCUUUUUCCCUAUCUACAAUAGCUAUGUUUUGGACUGGAUUUUCUAAAAUCUUAUUUUUUAGAGACAAUUUAUUGUACAUA